AUGUUACCCAACACCGGGAGGCUGGCAGGAUGUACAGUUUUUAUCACAGGUGCAAGCUGUGGCAUUGGCAAAGCUAUUGCAUUGAAAGCAGCAAAGGAUGGAGCAAAUAUUGUUAUUGCUGCAAAGACCGCCCAGCCACAUCCAAAACUUCUAGGCACAAUCUAUACUGCUGCUGAAGAAAUUGAAGCAGUUGGAGGAAAGGCCUUGCCAUGUAUUGUUGACGUGAGAGAUGAACAGCAGAUCAGUGCUGCAGUGGAGAAAGCCAUCAAGAAAUUUGGAGGAAUUGAUAUUCUGCACUGUGCUUAUACCAUUGCUAAGUAUGGUAUGUCGAUGUAUGUGCUUGGAAUGGCAGAAGAAUUUAAAGGUGAAAUUGCAGUCAAUGCAUUAUGGCCUAAAACAACCAUACACACUGCUGCUAUGGAUAUGCUGGGAGGACCUGGUAUCGAAAGCCAGUGUAGAAAAGUUGAUAUCAUUGCAGAUGCAGCAUAUUCCAUUUUCCAAAAGCCAAAAAGUUUUACUGGCAACUUUGCCAUUGACAAAAAUAUCUUAAAAGAAGAAGGAAUAGAAAAUUUUGAUGUUUAUGCAAUUAAACCAGGUCAUCCUCUGCAACCAGAUUUCUUCUUAGAUGAGUACCCAGAAGCAGUUAGCAAGAAAAUGGAAUCAACUGGUGCUGUUCCAGAAUUCAAAGAACAGAAACCACAGAUGCAACCAAAACCACGUUCUGGAGCUCUGGAAGAAACAUUUAGAAUUGUUAAGGAUUAUCUCAGUGAUGAUGUAGUUAAAGCCACUCAAGCAAUCUAUCUGUUUGAACUCUCCGGUGAAGAUGGUGGCACGUGGUUUCUUGAUCUGAAAAGCAAGGGUGGGAAUAUCGGAUAUGGAGAGCCUUCUGAUCAGGCAGAUGUGGUGACGAGUAUGACUACUGAUGACUUUGUAAAAAUGUUUUCAGGGAAACUAAAACCAACAAUGGCAUUCAUGUCAGGAAAAUUGAAGAUUAAAGGUAACAUGGCCCUAGCAAUCAAAUUGGAGAAGGUAAUGAAUCAGAUGAAUGCCAGACUGUGAAGGAAAAUAAAAAAAAAAAAGUCGACCGCUAUGCUCAAAAAGUAAAAAAACUCAACAGUUAAA